UGCGUUACAAAACGUCUUGAUAUUAGUUAUAGUGGUCUGUCAAAAAUACGCAGUUAAACAGCUGUUCUUUAAGUUAUAUGCACAUGAUUCUAUAUGUGUGCCUUGUUUAACGCGGUUCCAAAAUGAAUAAAGAACAGGACUGUGUAGAAAAAGAACCAUUGACUAAUGGAGGCGUAGAAUUACACGACAUCCAUAAUGACAGUCUUGUAAAAGCUGAGACCGAAGUUGAUAAUGAAGAUGAACCGAAGAUAAUAGAAGAUUUCGGCGCGAAGCUCAUCAUAUAUGGCGUGAAUGAGACGCCGCCUUUACAUGUCACUCUCGUGUGUGCAAUGCAGCAAAGCCUGUCGGCGCUAGCAAGCCAGCUUAUUGUGUCGUUACUGGUGGCGGACGUGGUGUGCGCCUCCCAGCGUGAGGACAUCAAAGCGAGGCUGCUCAGCUCCACCCUCCUCAUGAGUGGCGUCACCACACUGUUAAUGAACCUCAUUGGCAUCAGACUGCCGUUGUUCCAGGGUGCGACGACUGUGUACAUCAUUCCUCUACUGCUCAUGUCUGGGAUUGACGAUACAUUCUGUACCGGCCGGGAAACAGACCCAGGCUUAGGUCUCCUUGUCAACAACAUGACGAACGAAACUCUAAUACAUGCUGCUGAUGUCUUCGAGGAGAGAAUAUUCAACAAUAUCCGAUCUCUGCAGGGGAGCUUGAUGGCGGCGGGGGUCAUGCAUGGCAUUAUAGGGGCCACGGGAUUAAUUGGGCUCUUGCUCCGCUUCAUCGGGCCCCUGACAAUUGUUCCUACCAUGAUCCUCAUCUUCGUCUUCUUCGUGAAAACCGUCCUUAAGUUUGUCGUCGUCAGCUGGGCAAUAUCUCUUUCGACGGUGUGCCUAUCAGUGAUUUUGUUCCUGUAUCUGUCUCGCUACAACAUGCCCCUCCCCGUGUGGACGCCCAGUGGCGGCUGUCGGGUCAUCAGAUACCCACUACACCAGAUUUUCGCCAUCCUGAUCUCGAUCGUAUUUCACUGGUUGAUUUGCGGAUUGUUAACCGCAUAUGACGUGUUUCCCAAUGAUCCUACUUCCCCCAGCUUCAACGCGCGUACGGACGCACGGUCUGAUAUCAUCUAUACAAACCCCUGGAUCGCAACACCAUAUCCGGGUCAAUACGGACCAGUAUCAAUUAGUUCUUCCGCAUUGCUGGCAUUCUUCAUAGCAACGCUGAUCUCUAUACUGGACUCCAUCGGUGAUUACUACGCAUGCGCACGUGUGUGUCGUGUGCCGCCCCCUCCCGCCCACGGCGUAAAUCGAGGGAUCAUGAUCGAGGGCCUGUGCACCUUCCUGUCAGGGACAGUGGGCUGUGGCCAUGCAACCUCAACAUAUGGAGGCAACAUAGGAGCUAUCGGAGUCAGCAAGGUUGCCAGCCGGACAGUGUUUAUUUGGUCGGGAAUAAUCUACAUACUUUUCGGUUUCUUCGGCAAGUUCUCCGCGUUCUUCAUCACUAUACCCUACCCCGUGCUCGGCGGCUCAUUUGUCGUCAUGAUCGGCAUAUUUUUCGGCGUUGUCAUCAGUAACCUAGAGGUGACAAAUAUGUCCUCGCCUCGGAACAUCGCCAUACUGGGGCUGUCAGUUCUUAUAGGUCUCGCUGUCCCCACCUGGGCCCAGGCAUCACCUGUACCAAUACACACUGGUAAAUGUUCAAACCAAUACACACUGGUAAUGACCAAUUUGACCAGAUCGUGUCCAUGUUCCUCAAGAACCCGAACACAGUGGGCACCGUCAUCGCCUUUUUCCUUGACAACACUGUACCAGGUACAAUUAAGGAACGUGGUAUGUUCGGACAGGAGGAGGCGAGCGAGGACGAGGUCAAUGUUAGCUUUAACGAGGGUUACGAAGUGUAUGACCCGCUGUUCCCAAAGAAAUGGUUGUCAUGGAAACUCGUCAAAUAUUUACCAUUCUUUCCAUAUAUGGCAGAAGAAAUGGACUCUCCGGCUUGAUUGUACAUAUAUAUAUUUAAUUGAUUGAAAUAUUAAGCAAAAGCAAAUCUUUGCUAUAGAAAACAGAUCUUAACAUGUACAGCAAGUAGAGAACGUGUUUAAAGAGUGUUGAUCAUGCCAAAAACACUUCAACUUUCAGGGAAUUGCUGUGAAGCUGUAAUUCACUUUGAUUCCGUAUCUUAAUCUGAUUAUGUUCUUUGGUCCCCAGCAAGUAUUUGUUUAGAAAAAAUAAACGUCAAACACCUUUAAA